AUGAAGAACCGUGAAGUUCCUUAUGAAAGGUGGCAGGCAAUAGCAAAGUAUAGCAAUCUUUACAACGACUGUCCGUUCAUGGACGACGAGGUUGUGCUUAGGAUACACGGCAGAACCGCCCAAGGUUCUUUCCUGCCUUUCGAGCUUCGUUUUCCUGUAAUCCUACCCAAAGGGCACCCUAUUACUCGAAAGCUGUUGAAACAUUACCACCAGCAGGCGGCUCACGCAAAUGCGGAGACCGUCGUCAACAAUGUGAGGCAACGUUUCCGAAUUCCGAAUCUACGAGCGGAGAUCAAAGCGGUGGCGAAGUCGUGUGUAUGGUGCAAGGCAAAGAAAUGUUCUCCAAAAAUUCCAAAAAUGGCUCCACUUCCAUUGGCUCGCAUUACCUCCGGUGGUAUGCCGUUCAGUUUUACUGGCGUGGAUUAUUGCGGCCCAAUCACUGUUACGGUUGGACGCAGAUCGGAAAAGCGUUGGAUCUGUUUAUUCACGUGCCUGACAACAAGGGCCAUUCAUUUAGAAGUAGCGCACAGUUUGACAACGCAGGCAUGUUUGAUGGCUAUUAGACGUUUCGUGUGUCGCAGAGGUAAGCCAGUCGAAUUCUUUUCCGACAAUGGCACCAAUUUUCAAGGAGCGAGCAAGGAGAUUAUUCGCACGAUAGGUAAAGAAUGCGAAGAUGGAAUGACAGAUGCUCGGACACGGUGGAAUUUUAAUCCACCGAGUGCACCUCAUAUGGGAGGAAUUUGGGAGCGGCUGGUGCGAUCGGCGAAGGCAGCGCUUACCGUGCUAAAUGAUGGAAGGAGGUUGACCGAUGAAGUGCUGUUGACAACGUUGGCAGAGGCGGAAGAUCUCAUAAACUCUCGUCCGUUAACGUACACGGGUUUGGGACCGGAGACAAGCGAAGCACUGACACCCAACCACUUCGUGAAAGGCGUGGAGUUGGCAUUUGAUGAAAUUUCACCAACAACCGAUGCUGAAGCCUUGCGAGAUCUUUACAAACGGUCACAGGCGCUCGCUGAUCUUUUAUGGAAGCGGUGGCUCACGGAAUACAUUUCUUCAAUCAAUCGAAGAUCAAAGUGGUUUGCAAAGACUCAACCAAUUAACGUUGGCGGUCUGGUGUAUGUAGCAGAUGACGGAGUGAGAAAAAAUUGGACACGAGGCGUAGUGAUCGAAGUUUAUCCAGGAGCUGAUGGGAGAGUACGACAAGCAUUAGUGAAAACUGCUAGAGGAGAGUUCCGGCGGCCGGUUGCGAAACUUGCGGUACUAGAAAUUCAGUCUCGUAACUCUGGUGCAACAAAAGAACCCCACCAGAAUUACGGGGAGGGGGUAUGUACGCACCACAUAGCAUGA